AUGGCGCCAUCCAAGAACAACCAGGUACUGUUCGAGAGACGCCGAAAGGAACAUAACAUUGUCUUUGUCGAAGACUUGAAACAAUGCCAUCGUCCAGCUAAACACGCCAAGGUCUUUGAAUCCAUCGACAGGAUCAAAGAAAUCUCAUAUCAAUCAUAUGCAUGCGAAGAUAGCGAACAAGAGCCUUGGAAGAAAGAGGCCAAGUCCCAGGCAAGAAAGCUGGCAGAGAAAGCUCACGAUUGUAUCGCUCGAAAUGAACCCACCUGGAGGCUCGCUUGUGAGCCUCUUGUAUUCAGUCGGUUGACCUCGGAAGUUGCGUGCAAGAACUGCCGCCGGCGGGUCUGGCGCUCGGAAGUCGAAGCAGUGUUGGAUACGGAGGACCGCGCAGCCGAGCGACUCAGGGCGCGGCAGCAGACCCGCGAUCGGUGUCGCUGUCCUCGAAAUAGUCGACCGGAGGAUGAAGAUGAAAGAGUCGGGUUGAAUCGCCUCUUUAUAGAUCGGGCUGACGACGCGGUUGAGCACCCACCGGACCUAGCACAAAAGCUCCCCCAAGAACAACGACCAGAUCGCAUCUAUGGUCUCCGGCAGACUCGCAACUUUGAGAACUUGCUCUUGGCAAGCCUUGCCGAGGGCGAAUAUGUCGAGGACAAACUGGCCAGACAACCGCAUGCGGGCGUCGGCGGGGAGCCUCUGCUUUUCCCUUUUCUGGUGGUGGAGGCAAAGGCUGGAAAUGCCGCGGACGACUGGGCCUCGAUCUGUUUGCAGACAUCCUUCCCUAUCUAUACUUACCUCAAUACGCAGAAGAGCCUGAUCCUUGCGACGGAGCAGAAGACUAGAUGGUCUUCUGGCCCCCUUGUGUGGUUCUUUGCAAGUCGAGGCCAGGACUGGAGGCUUUAUCUGGCAUAUCAGAGCCCUCUUAACUCUGCAUCUCCAUCUAGUCAUGCCGAGCACACCACGACCAUGGCCCAAGCCUGGAGGGGCUGCAUCACCAACCGAGACGAUGCCAUCCAGUUGUUUCUGAUUGUCGAUUUUCUUGCAGAUUGGGCAAGAGAUGUCUAUAGGCCAGCUGUCCUGACUGAGCUGAGGAUCCUCCAAUUUCCCGAUGAGGAAGUCGCCACCGUCUUCACCGACACCGACAUCUUUUCUACCGGAGACAUGAGCCUUUCUUUCGAAACACAUUCCGACUUCCAGUACGAAGACAACUUCAACUCCAGCUUCAGGGAUCUCGACUCCCAGCUGGGCGCUGUUCGUCACAUCAGCGGUAUUGAAUCCCGGUUCCUGUCCAUCAUCAUCACCGCUGACAACGUCCACACGUUACUUCGAUCCGUGAAAGGGAGCACGCGAGCAGGCUUUAUCCGCAAGCUAUUGGAGGCGCUUCACUUGCGGGACGCCAGCGCAAAAGUACCAAAUAUUGACAGAAUCGACGCAAUUGAGGAGGCAUGGACGGGCCAUUCGAGACUUAGCAGGAUACUUAGCAUGAGAGGAACCAAGCUCUACACUGCUCAUCAAACAGUGUACUACCUUUCUCCAUCAUGGGGCCAGGUGCGCGACUUGAGUCUAAUCGCCGUAGCAGAAGAUGCUUUGGAGGUCCUUAUCAAAGAGUCGGGGCUGAAAGCUGGACGGGGCAAGGCAAGCGAGCCUUUGCACGCUAAAGAGAACAUGGAUAUUGUUGAUCGGAUCGCUCCCCUGAAGGAUGCCCCAGCUCGGCAUAACCUGCUGGCGUGUAUCACAAGGCGCGUAGGCUCUAUCGACAGCUCCUGCUUGUUCAAAAAGAGCCAACCGAUCAUUUGGGAACUCGUCAGCAGCACAUACAAAGUCCACAAGGGAGGCGACCUGGAGCCCGAGCUGCCAUUUCUGAAAGUUUCCAAAUGCUUAGAUACGCAGACAGAACGGCAAGGUUAUAAGGGCCCAUUGCUUGUGGAUGAUGCUUUGCACGUUUCAGACCAGGGCGCGGUACUCAUCCACGGGGGCCGCUGCCCCCAGGCUCUGGCAAUGUCACGAAGAAACCCUGCAAAGAUCUGCGUCUAUAUAGUGCGCGAUGGUCAACCAGCCCCUGAAAAAGCUGAGCUCGCCCACAUUGUCAAGACAACUUUCGAGAACUACGAUGUCUACCAUACAACAAGGGAUCCCGGCACCCUCAGACCGAGAGCAGAGCAGAUGUACAGAAGGGCACCCAGGUGGAACUUGGAACGAUCGUAUGGUCUCUUCUAUGACACUGGUGUCAAGCUGGAGAGCUUUUCGCAAUGGAGUAACUUUUUGAUCGGGGGGUUUCCCGUCAGGCAAGGCUCGCCACGAGGACCUACAGACACGGGGCAAAUUAUGUUCCGCCGUGAAUAUUUUCCCUGGCAUGACCCUGGCCAAAAGCGGGGCGGAGUGCCUUACGAGAAGGCAAGGCAUGAGUUUGUAAGGGAAUACAUCACGGGCGAAGCACAGGAAUGGACUGCAAUUGCAAGGCAGAAGAGACGACAGGGAAUUACUUGCUGUAUCUACUGCGCAAAGAACAUGGCCUUCGCCCCAGACUGUGAUCCUUCUCACAAUACCAGUUCUAAUGAGACAGACCAAAGGCAGCGCGACCAGCUUCCAGAGGUUUGUAAUACAUGUACGGAGGCCCUGGAUCCCCUCAAGUCGUUUCAAGUUUCGCAGAAAACGGUGGCGGCUACCAUAAAGCGGGUGCUCAUGGAACAGGCAUCCAAAAUUUCGAGAAAUCGCCUAGAAAACUCCAAGAUCCAAGCACCUCGCCCAGACCGUACGGCGCAGAAGCAACAGAGCGAUGCACGGCCGACCUGGCAUAGUCAGGUGAACGUGGACGAGUUCACCGAAUUUUACAGUAUCGAGGAUAUAGAAGCCCGUGCAGAGAGACGUAUGGAACGCGAGAGGCUGCAUGAGGAGUCCUCGCAAAAGUACAAAUGGGAUGUGGAAGCCCUCGAGGAUAAGUACAAGGAACCGGACCCCGAGGAUGACAGCCUGAAUGCACUAGAGGAUCGAACAAGGAGAGUCUUUGGACGCAAGGACCUACACAAGAAACACUCGGAGAGGUACAAGCGGGAUUUGGAGGCAAUAGAUAGGAGGUCCUCGAAGCUCCGGAGAAUGGAAUGA